ACAUCACUAUAAAAUUUACUUAAGUGUACAACGUUUUGCCCGUGCACUUUCCGCCAUUUUGUCUUAACAACUUGUCCGGAGCAAAACGGUGAGUAACCCACCGCUCAUUUUCGGUGAAGAAUUUAUUACGUUGAGUGGCAUGGUCCAUUUUUGUCAAAUAUACUAUUAAGUAGGUCAGAUCCUCUAACACUGAACAAUCGAAACAUCGACACGCGCAUUGAUUUCGGAGCAUUAUACGCUGGUAUUUCAGUAAUACUUAAAGCGGCGUGAAGGAUUUAUGGUGUUUCGGGUUGCGAGCGAGAAGAAUCAGAUUUAAUUUAUCUUUUCGUGCGAAUCACAUUAAAGAUUGAUUUACAGAUUAAUAACACAAUGAGUUCGGGGAAGAAAAUAAUAAAGAAAUUGUUGAAGAAAGCGAGAAACCAAGAAAGAAAUUGGACUUUCUGCGAUAAAUUUCGCACCAUGUAUCCCAUUUUAAGGUCCAUAUUGAAGAAUUUAUCGUAUACGGAUCUUAAAAGCUGUUCGCGUGUCUGUCGCUCUUGGAAUAUUGUGGCAACCAACUUGAUGAGAGAAAAAAUAUUGUUCUCCUGUUACCGCAAGAAUUUCUCACAGGGAGAACGAAAAUUUCUUUUGUCUUCAGAUGGAAUGAAAUUAAUCAAAAGAGAUUUCAUGCAAUCGAUCAUGAUAUUCCAAGUACAUCGAUUAAUUAUAUUUCAGAAGAUUUUAACUGAUGUUAAUUAUCAUAAUGAGUACUAUAACAAGAACACCGUUAAAUUAAACGGAUAUGGAUCGUACUCAAAAUAUGUAAUUUCCUCUUCAAUAAAUCCAUCACGUGUACUAGACAAACUUCCCGAAGAACCUAAAUGCACGGUGAUAAUGUUCCCAUCAAUUUCUGGUUUGAAAAUCUUACCACUGCUUCAAUCAACGGAUGACUGGUUACACAAUAAUCGAAAAUUCAACACGAAGAACAUCUUGGGAUUCUUUAACAUCCCUAAAAAAGAACUAAAAUGCCUGUUACUGUUUGCAGAACCAUCGCUGAUGAUAAAAAUCCUGACAAGCAAAUUACCGAGGAGUUACAUCAUCGGUGUAAUUCAGAACUCUCUCCCCACCAAUUUUAAGGGAAUUGCUUUCUGUGGCGAUAGGGUGUGUACGUGUUGUUACGUUGUUACGAAAACAAACUAUAAUGCCAGAUACAUAAAACCGAAAAACAUCAACAUGAGUAACUGCGUUGGUAUGAUUUUUAUUAAUACUUCUUUCUACGAGUGGAGGGAAAAGGGGUAUGUUGUGAAAGAGCAUCUGAAGAAAGAUUUUCCUAAAAUUCAUUUCUCUGUAUUUUAUGAAAAUCAUAAUUUCAAACGGUAUAUGAUAGAUAAUGAAGUGAGUUACGAAAAUUAUAUACUUUGUAACAGAUUUGUGAAAAUUAUAUUGCUUUGGAUCGCCGAAUAAACUCGAAUUUCUUGUAAUUCAAGGGCCAUUCUAGAUGAAAUGUUAUAAUUAUAUUAAUUAAGUCUCCGUUCGAUCGGUUGGGAUAGGGCACAAUUUAAUGUCGAUUUGAUGUCAUUACUUCGGUUUAAUAGUAAGAAAUUCGAAAUAAUGACGUGAAAUUUACGCAAAUAUUUACACUACUCCAACCAAUCGAACAGACGUAAGAGAGCUGCAAUUCAUACAGCAUAAAAUUUACUAGGUGAAAUUAUUUGCUGAAAACUACUCUCCAUUAUGUGUUUAAUAUUACUGUAUUAACUAAAAUUUAAUUGUUUUUUGUGAAUUUUUUAUUUACUUUUCGAUUGGAGUGUAAACAAUCUUCGUCCUUUCAGAAGCGUGAUAUCUCUUAAAUUUUGUUAUUCUGCUCACUAAUUUUUACAUGUUCCCAAUAUAAAUUGCAAAAAAUGUAUAUAAUAAUGUGAGUAUGUAAUUCGAUAUUACAAUCUGUAAAUUUUUGUAUGUAAUUAUGUGUAUAUCAAUAAAGAG